GGCUCCCACUCCAUUCCUUGGCACCGCAGUCCUCUUCUGUAACUCAUCAUGAUCGCUAAGACCUGUUUAGCUCUGGCCCUUGUCGCCGCUGUCUUUGGUGCGCCCUCCCACCCUCCAUAUGGCCACGCCCCUCAACCAUCUUAUGAGGAGCCAGCCAAGUACGACUUCAACUACGCCGUGAAGGACGACUACUCCGGCAACGACUUCGGCCACCAGGAAGCCCGUGAUGGCUCCGACACUCAGGGAUCCUACUACGUCCUCCUUCCCGACGGCCGCCUGCAGAAGGUGUCCUACAACGUCAACGGAGACUCAGGAUUUGUGGCUGAGGUCACUUACGAGGGAGAGGCUCAGUACCCAGAGUACCAUCCGGCGCCUUCCUAUGCCUGAUCUGGUGACGAAGUUUUCGAUUCCGAUGUAUUUAUGAAACUUAUUUAAUAAACCUUUU